ACAUAAUCCUCUACAACAACAACAACAACCAAACAAGCACAACAACAAGCAACAACAAGCAAGCAAGCAAGCAAGCAAGCAACAAUGGCUGCCGCCAACUGUUUGCAGCCCACGCAGCUGUUCAUGCUGCUCAACUACACGAGCUCCAUCAUGAUCGUGUUCCUAAACAAGAUGGCAUACACAUAUGGGUUCCCCAGCAUCACCCUGACCAUGAUCCACUUCCUCAUGACGUUUGCUGGCCUGAAGGUGUGCAGCAUGAUGGGCAUCUUCCAGGUGAAGCGGCUGCGCAUCAUGGAUGUGUUGCCGCUCUCGCUUGCGUUCUGCGGCUUUGUUGUCUUCACCAACCUCUCUCUUCUGUACAACACCGUUGGCUUCUAUCAGCUGGCCAAAGUCAUGACAACGCCGGCCAUUGUUCUGGUUCACUGGGUCUUUUACAAGCAAUCCUACUCCAAACCCAUUCUACUGUCCCUGCUGCUGGUGUGCAUUGGCGUGGCUCAAGCGACACAGGCCGAUGUCACCACAAACAGCAAAGGCCUCUUCUUUGCCACAUGCGGCGUCCUCGUCACCUCCAUCUACCAAAUUUGGGUGAAGACGAAGCAGCAGGAUCUGGAGGUGUCUGCGUUUCAACUCCUCUUUUAUCAGGCGCCCCUCUCCGCGGGUCUGCUGGCGGUGAUCAUCCCGUUUGUCGAGCCGCCGUUUGAGCCGUACGGCGUCCUCGCGCAGGAGUGGUCCGCACCCGCGCUGCUGGCUGUCCUCGGCUCCAGCAUCAUGGCGUUUCUCGUUAACCUCUCCAUCUUCCUCGUCAUUGGCAAAACCUCCCCAAUCACGUACAAUGUGCUGGGACACUUCAAGCUGUGCACAGUGCUUGCAGGCGGCUUCAUCAUCUUCCACGAUCCCCUGAACGCAUCGCAGAGCAUGGGCAUUCUCCUCACCCUCUUUGGCAUCUUUGCAUACACACAUUUCAAGCUCAAGGAGUCGGGGGCCGUGCUGCCGACGGCGUCAAAACAAGGCAGUGGCUCCUCCGCGUAGCACGCGCGUACGCCCACAACGAAUGUACCACACCUUCUGCUCUCGUGUAUGUGUGCGUGUGUCUGUGUUCGAAGCGCUGUUGAUCGUGCUCUACGUUCAGGCGGUCUCGCAGCUGAUGGUUGCGUAAUUGGCUGCUUCCCCCUCCUUUCCUUCCUUCCCUCCCUUCCUUCCUUCCUUGCUUGCUUCCUCGUCAUUGCGCAUCGUCCGCGAUGAUUCACAGUGGUUUUGUCUGGCGACCCAACGUGCGUUUUAAGUUAAACGUGACGACGACCAAGCCCAUACUGACCAUCCAUCAGCGAACGGCGAAAUUCUCCAUUUCCUCCAAGAA